GCCGUGUUCCUGUAUUUGCCCCUGAACUAAGCGCCUUAAAACGCGAGUAACAUUGAUCUUCCAUCCUUCUUUUUCCGCCUCAAAUAUUUUUAUCCCAUUAUCAAAAAAGCUCAACUACAGACGUGUUCGCAAACAUAAUGGAAAUUCACCGUUAUGAACAGCCCGAUUCCGGGUACGCUUCACGACGCUCCUCUUUCGAGUCAUUCUCGAUGCCACCAAAAGUCAAGCUCACAGAGCUUCACCUGAAGCAUCUAAACGAGCAAUUUGAGAAACUUUCUCCGCAGGACAUCCUGCGUACCAGCAAACUCCUUUUCCCCAAUCUUUACCAAACCACGGCAUUCGGCCUGACUGGGCUGGUCACUCUAGACAUGCUGUCCAAGUUCCAUGCUGAGACUCCGGGCGCUUCGCCCGUAGAAGUCAUUUUCCUGGAUACGUUAUAUCAUUUCCAGGAGACGCAUCAGCUAAUAGAGCGCGUGAAGGAACGCUAUCCUGGCAUACAAGUUCAUACCUUCCUGCCCAAUGGUUGCAGUACCGCCUCGGAGUUCGAAGAGCGAUACGGCAACAAGUUGUGGGAGUUUAAUAGCGAGCGGUAUGACUAUUUGGCCAAGGUUGAGCCUCAACAGCGAUCUUAUCAUACGCUCGAUGUCGCUGCAGUGCUCACAGGGCGCAGAAGGUCUCAAGGCGCAGCCCGAGGAAAUAUUCCCAUCGUGGAGAUGGAUCACGAGAGGGGCGUUGUUAAGAUCAAUCCUCUUGCGCAAUGGUCCUUUGACCAAGUGCACCAAUACAUCAUAGACAACAAUGUACCUUACAACGUGCUCUUAGACAGAGGAUAUAAGAGCGUUGGUGACUGGCAUUCCACGCAACCUGUGGCUGAUGGUGAAGAUGAGCGUAAUGGUCGCUGGAAGGGUCAGCAGAAGACGGAAUGUGGAAUUCAUAACAAGCAGAGUCGUUAUGCCAUAUACCUUAUGGAACUGGCCAAGAAACAAGCUGAAGAAGAGUCAGCUGUUACUCAGGAGGACGGAACGGCCAAGUCAGGGGUGCCUACCCUAUCCCUACCUAACAUGGCUGUUGAUGUUACCUCCCCAGCGCUGGAUACAACACCCUUGAUGACUGUUGAAGCUACAGCAGCAAUCCCAGGUCGCCUGCGUCGUCUGCCUAGAGUCACUAGUUCGGGGAGAAGAAUAGGCUUUUCUCGGCGUAGUUCCCGACCAGAAUCUUCUUGCAUAGUACAAUAACUACAGAAGAAGGUCGCUAAAUUCUUGCUUAUCAAUGGUCGAAAAGUUGGGUGGAAGACGGCAUGGAUAGACAUCAGAGAGCUUGUCAUGGGAGAUGGUGGUAUUGUGGCUUGUGUGGCUGGGGGGACUUUAGGGGUAUGAUG